UUUCCCGUCAGCUCGUCCAGCCUUGACAUUGCGAAGAUGGACGCUGUUGUGGUUCAGACCUGAAUACAUAGAAAGCAAACAACUGCGAGUUUCAGAGGUCUGUUAUGACAACAUUUCCAGUGCGUACAGGUGGAGGCAGGAUGUGUGACUAGAGCGCAGCAGACUUCAGCAGCAUGUAUUCUGAGUGGCGCUCGCUGCAGCUGGUGGUGCAGAGUGACCAGGGCCACCUCAGUGUUCUGCACUCCUACCCCACCAGCGUGGGCACCGAGGUGGCAAAUGCUGUGGUCAAGCCUCUGGGCACGGCCGUGAGCCCUGUCGCCACAGAGAACAUCCUCAAGACGGACAAGGAGGUGAAAUGGACCAUGGAGGUGCUGUGCUAUGGCCUCACCCUCCCCCUGGAGGGGGACACCGUCAAACUGUGUGUGGACGUGUACACAGACUGGAUGAUGGCCCUGGUGUCGCCCAGGGACUCUAUGCCUCAGCCUGUGGUCAAGGAGCCCAAUAUGUACGUCCAGACCAUCCUCAAACAUCUCUACAACGUCUUUGUACCGAGGCCUGAACAACACAGUCUAAACCACAUCAGGCUCUGCCAGCAGGUUCUGACUGCAGUCCAGAAACUGGCACGAGAGUCCGUUUCCAUGGUGAGGGAAACCUGGGAGGUGCUGUUGCUCUUCCUGCUUCGCAUCAACGACACAUUACUUGCCCCGCCCACGGUUGGAGUUGGGGUGGCGGAGAAACUGGCUGAAAAAUUGAUGGCAGUGCUGUUUGAGGUGUGGCUGCUGGCGUGCGCCCGCUCCUUUCCCACGCCACCUUAUUGGAAGACGGCAAGGGAGAUGCUGGCCAACUGGAGACACCACCCUCCUGUCGUAGAGCAGUGGAGCAGAGUGGCCUGUGCCCUGACCUCCAGGCUCUUGCGCUUUACCCACGGACCGUCCUUCCCACCCUUUAAAGUCCCCGACGAAGACGCCAGCCUGAUCCCUUUAGAGAUGGACAGCGACUGUGUGGCACAGACGUGGUACCGCUUUCUCCACAUGCUCAGCAACCCGGUGGACCUGAGCAACCCUUCGAUAGUGAGCACCACUCCAAAAUUCCAGGAACAGUUUCUCAACUCCAGCGGCUUGCCUCAUGAAGUGGUGCUGCAUCCUUGUUUGAAACAGCUGCCCCAGAUCUUCUUCAGGGCCAUGAGGGGCAUCAGCUGCUUAGUGGAUGCCUUCUUAGGUAUAUCUCGUCCCAGAGCUGACAGUGCUCCGCCCACCCCGGUGAACAGAAUGAGCAUGUCUCCGCCCCCCUCCAUCACCAACACCACGCCCCCUCACAGCCGCAAGCAACGGCACACGGUGGUCAACAAGACCACAAGCAAGAGUUCAACUGGCAGUGGUAGUCAACCAACCAAAGCAUCCCAGCAACAGCAGCAGCAGCAGCAGCAGCAAAACUCAUCCUCCCCGACCCUGCUGUCCAGUCCCAAUCAGAGCAGUUGGGAGACUCGGCCCCUGCCGGCCCCGGCUCGGCCGAAGGUCAACAGCAUCCUCAAUCUGUUCGGCCAGUGGCUGUUCGACGCCGCGCUGGUCCACUGUAAGCUCCACAGUGGCCUCAGCCGAGACCCCAGCAUGACCGCGAUAGCCACUCAAGUAGGUCUGGAGCUGAGAAGGAAGGGUUCCCAAAUGUCCACCGACUCCAUGGUGUCUAACCCCAUGUUCGACGCUAACGAGUUCCCGGAGAGCUACGAGGCGGGACGAGCCGAGGCCUGCGGGACUCUCUGCCGCAUCUUCUGUAGCAAGAAAACCGGAGAGGAUAUUCUGCCUGUUUACCUGUCCAGGUUCUACAUGAUCCUGAUUCAGGGUCUCCAGAUCUCUGAUUUCAUCUGUAGACCAGUUCUGGCUUCUAUCAUUCUCAACUCUUCAUCUCUUUUCUGUACUGACCUGAAGGGCAUCAAUGUGGUGGUGCCAUACUUCAUAGCUGCGCUGGAGACUAUUGUACCAGACAGGGAGCUGUCCAAAUUCAAGAUGUAUGUAAAUCCUACCGACCUGAGGCGAGCCUCUAUCAACAUCCUGCUCGCAAUGCUGCCAUUGCCGCACCAUUUUGGCAACAUCAAAUCAGAGGUUCUGCUGGAAGGAAAGUUCAAUGAGGAGGACGGAUGGCCUCAUGACCAGCCCGUGUCUUUCCUGUCCCUGAGGCUACGUCUCGUCAAUGUCCUCAUAGGAGCACUUCAGACUGAGACUGACCCCACCAACACACAGCUCAUUCUGGGAGCAAUGCUAAAUAUUGUUCAAGACUCAGCGCUGUUGGAGUCCAUAGGUGCACAGACAGAAACAGGGAGCAUAGACGGGAGCCACAUGACGGUGAGGAGUCAGAGUCACAGCCGCACCAACAGUGGCAUUAGUUUCACCAGCGGGGGAAGCACGGAGGCCACCAGCCCGGACUCUGAGCGCCCCGUCCAGGCCCUGCUCCGAGACUACGAUACGGCAGCAGGCCUGCUGGUGCGCAGCAUCCACCUGGUCACGCAGAGACUCAACUCCCAGUGGAGGCAGGACAUGAGCAUUUCACUGGCCGCCCUGGAGCUGCUGGCCGGGCUUGCCAAGGUGAAGGUGGGAGUGGACUCUGCAGACCGUAAACGUGCUGUCAGCUCUAUAUGUGGGUACAUUGUGUACCAGUGUAGCCGUCCAGCUCCCCUUCAGUCCCGAGACCUCCACUCCAUGAUUGUAGCUGCCUUCCAGUUUCUGUGUGUGUGGCUCACAGAGCACCCUGACAUGCUGGAUGAGAAGGAUUGUUUGGUAGAGGUGUUGGAGAUUGUGGAACUGGGAAUCUCUGGCAGCAAGUCCCGACAGGAACAGGAAGUGCGACAUAAAGGGGAGAAGGAGCACAACCCAGCUUCAAUGAGGGUGAAGGACGCUGCCGAGGCCACUUUGUCCUGUAUUAUGCAGGUGUUGGGGGCCUUCCCUUCGCCGAGCGGAACCGCCUCCACCUGCAGCCUGCUGAAUGAAGACACCCUGAUUCGCUACGCCCGACUCAGCGCCGCAGGAGCCAGCAACUUCCGCUACUUCGUCCUGGACAACUCAGUCAUCCUCGCCAUGCUGGAGCAACCUCUCGGCAACGAGCAGAACCCCAGUCCAUCAGUGACGGUUUUGAUCCGAGGGACUGCUGGCAGACAUGCCUGGACCAUGCAGCUCUUCCACCAACCCAGAGGGGCUCGGGCCAAUCAGAGGCAGGUGUUUGUUCCCGAGGGCAGACCAACACCCAACAAUGGCGUGGGCAUCAAGUACAGCGUCAAGCAGAGGCCCUUCCCCGAAGAGGUGGAUAAGAUACCUCUGGUGAAAGCUGAUGUCAGUAUUCCUGACUUGGAUGACAUUGUCAGUAAAGAGGUGGGUUGUAUGGGCUGGCAGGAUGAUUCCAGCCACAAUACACUGAAGAGUAAUUUCCCACAUCUGGAAGUUCAGCAUGACAGGCUACGUCUUCUGAUGACCAAGCAGAUAGACUAUGAGAACACCUUGGAGCGGCACAGCGAGGAAAUCUGGAAGUCCAAGCCUUAUCCCGACCCACUGACGGACUGCAAACCCCCUUCACCCUCGCAGGAGUUCCAGACAGCGCGCCUCUUCCUCUCACACUUCGGCUUUCUGUCUCUGGAAGCGCUCAAGGAGCCCAACAACAGUCGUCUACCUCCUCACCUGAUUGGCCUGGAGUCAUCAUUGCCAGGGUUUUUUGAUGACGUCAGCUACCUGGACCUGCUUCCCUGCCGACCCUUCGACACCGUCUUUAUUUUCUAUGUGAGGGCCGGACAGAAAAGCAGCCCUGAGAUACUGAGGAAUGUGGAGUCAUCGUCAAGCGUCCAGCCCCACUUUCUGGAAUUCCUGCUGUCCUUGGGCUGGCCUGUGGAGGUGGGACGCCACCCAGGGUGGACGGGACACCUGGACACCAGCUGGUCCCUCAACUCCUGCUCCGACAGCAACGAAGUACAUCAAACAGAAGACGCAGCUACUCCUGAGGACACGGGAGGUUCGGUGUUCAACGGGGAGAAGAAAGUUUUAUACUACGCUGACGCUCUGACGGAGAUCGCCUUCGUCGUUCCGUCUUUGACAGAAAACUCUGAGGAGUCAUCAGUGCACAGUGACUCCACGGUGGAGGCAGACACCAACACAGAAGUCAUGCCCGGUUCACUCAAACAACCCAAUCUCACCCUAGAGCUGUUCCCCAACCAUUCUGAAAACCUGGAGUCUGCCAAAAAGCUGAGUCCUUUGGUGAAGACAAAGAGGUCAUCGACUGGGAAAUCUUUCCCACCGCUGGGUCCUGAGACGAAGGUGUUUGUGGUCUGGGUGGAGAGAUUUGAUGAUAUCGAGAACUUCCCCUUGUCUGAUCUCUUGGCGGAAACCAGCACGGGCUUGGAAGCCAGCAUGAGCAACAGCACUUCCUGCAGGUCAGGGUUACUAGAGAAGGACGUUCCUCUGAUCUUCAUCCACCCUCUGAAGACGGGUCUCUUCAGGAUCCGGCUGCAUGGAGCCAUGGGCAAAUUUGGCAUGGUGAUUCCCCUGGUGGACGGCAUGGUGGUCAGCCGAAGAGCACUAGGGUUCCUCGUGCGUCAAACGGUCAUCAACGUGUGCCGACGGAAGCGCCUGGAAAGUGACUUGUACAACCCUCCUCACGUGAGGCGGAAGCAGAAAAUAACAGAGAUCGUCCAGCGUUACCGCAACAAGCAACUGGAGCCCGAGUUUUACACCUCACUCUUUCAUGAGGUGGGGGAGGGGAAGCUUCACCUCUAACCCUUCCUCCCCCCCCUGCCCUGUCCUAACACUGGCUCACACAAGCACACACAACAACAACAACAACAACAACACACACACACAGAAACACACUCUUAUCCUCUACUCAUAUACCAUUUACAACUGUGCGUGCAUACACAAACAAACACACACACACACACACAGAAUCUUUAUAUUUAUACUGUACUGUUUUGUUAUUUAUAUGAAUACAUAUAUCAACACUGUCUGCCUUUGACUCCGAGAGCAAAGUGUCAAAAACCAUGCCACGGUGGAAUGCGCUGGGUUUCUACGUCGCAGCCACUCGCUGAAGAUUCAAACGGCUGAAGCUCGGCAGUGACUGUCUCUUUUCAUUUAAGGUUCACGCUUCGUGGCAAAAAGAGUUCCUGCUCGUCAUUAACUGCAAUACAAUAGCAACACUGUUGGCCUUUCUGAAAUUGUAAAAUAGCUUAAUCCUUUUGAACCCUGUGAUACAAGUGGAUUUCAUGAUGGUUUGGUAAUAUAGGUUGUGACCAAAAUCCAGAUCUGCACAUCUGUUUUUGUUUUAAUCAAACAGAUUCAGGGUUGGGUUUUUGCCAAGGAGAUAAACACGCAAGCAUUAUAAAAAAAAUAAAAAAAACUUUUGUAAUUUACACCGCUGCUGCUGCGUCGAUGCAAGUGGCUUGAAGAGAACAAAAGAAACGAUCGAGAGCGUUAACCCAUGAUUUCAUUCUACAACAAAUUGUCAUCCACUGCUAAAGUCUUCCUCCUCGUGCGAAACACGCAUUCGGCCAUCGCAGCAGCUCCCUGAGCACGCUGAUAUUUUGCCGUUUCUAUAUUUUUUAUUUGCCGGAUGAUUUAUAGGACUCCUGCGUUGUAUUACUGUAUGCUGGUGUCACUUUUGACACCUGCGCUCGUUUCCUUUGCCAGUCUGAAAGUCGUCCCAUCUCACAACAGCCACUGCACUGUUUGUUUGUUUGUUUGUUUGUUUGUUUGUUUGUGUGUGUGUGUGUGUGUGUGUUGUGUGUUUGGCCACAUUUAUGCUUGUUCAGCCAGUCAAAUCAUUUACACUACAAGGUGUCAUAGUGAAACCUAAAAAAAAACAAAAAAACAUCCACGCCAUUUAAAGAUCAGUGAAUUUUCUGAAGACAUAACCGUAGAACUGGUUUACUCUUAACGCUUGGUAACCUUUGAGUUUACUGAUAAAUGAGAGUCGUUACAGAGCUCCUGGAGUUUGCACUUAACGUUUGCAGGGCUGAUAUGAAAUGACCGCAAAAGACAUUUUAGGUUUGAAAGAGAAUAUUGAACUUGCCCAUAAUAUUCAGUUUGCAUAACAGAAAUGUGCAGUUUGGACUUCACACCUUUUUUUUUUUGUUUGUUUCACAGUUUCUCUCACUUUUGUUUACUCACUGUACUUCUGGUUUUGAUUCGAGCCUGUAACAAUGUGAAUUUAUUUAUCACAGCGACGAAAAACAGGGCAAACACCUCUAGUUUCUUUGUUAUAAUGGAAAAGUCUUAAUGCACUGAGCACGUUUUAUGUUUAUUUUCUAUUCCCUCUUGGUUACCUUACAUGUCUUUUUGUAUUCUGGUGCAUUUUUGAAAGAAACCCCCUGCUGAAGGAAGAGUUUUAUCUUGCGAACUAUGAAUGAAGACGGAGGUGCCGUGGAGUUUUUAACCUAUCAUGUCUAAUCGUGCGACUCACUUUUUAUGACAGUGCUUUGUGCACGUGCCUUUAUUUUGGAAGGAAAAAAAGUACAUUGAAUAUGCUUCAAAAACUACAUACAAUCAGUCAUACAUUGUAUCCUAUGUUACUCCUCUGAUGUUUGAUCAUAUUUAAAGAUUUGCCAUGUACAGAAGCGGAGGAUGAUAUGUAAAUAUAUGAUAGUGUAAGGCAUUUACAAGUUGUCUGUUGCAUUCCGCAUUCGAGAGACAGCGAGAAAAGUUGUGUAUGUAUGCAAUUAUGUGUGGGAGCAUCACAAUGGUUAUUGAAUGUAACAUGCAUCAAUUAAAGCUAUUAUUGACAUUUUCAUUUUCUCCCAUUCCUGAUAUUUGCCUUGUUGUUAACAGGAUGAAUCUCAGUCGCUUUGAUUAGUUAAAAACCAAAAUUACACUUGAA